AAUACAUGUCAAAGAUUUUUUUUCAGUUGUCAUCAUUAACUCAGUGUCAAAAAAAAAAUAAAUUACCAAGUUAUUAAUCAAUUAAAUCAUCAAAAUACUCAAACAUGAUCAAAAUAUAAUUAUCAAAUAAAAAUAAUAUUAAAUAAUCAAAAAAAAAAUGUUAAUAUGACAUCAAUAACAUUGCUAUUUAUUUUUAAUUGCUUGUAAUGUUUUUAAUCUGUCAUCUCACACAUAUCAAUAAUCAAUUUUAAAGUGAUAAACUUUAAAAAAAUUAACAAAUUAAAUUUCUACUUAAUCAAAACAACAAUGGAUCCAUCAUCUGGACAAAAUCAAAUUCAACCAGUUAAUAGUAACAGUGAGAGUGACAAUGUUGGAAGUUGUUUGUUGCUUCGUUAUGCAAGUCAAAAUUCUCUUGAUGAAAGUUCACAAAAACAUAUACCAAGAGAAAAUGGCAAGGACAAGCCACCAUAUAGAAAUCAUCAUCAUACAAAUCGUGCAUUUGAUAUGAUAAAUGCAAUGAGAAAACAAAAUUUAUUAUGUGAUGUGAUAUUGGAAGCUGAUGAUGGUUCAGAUGUACAAGCUCAUAAAAUGGUACUUGCUGCAUGUAGUCCAUAUUUUUAUGCAAUGUUUACAAGUUUUGAAGAACGUGAUCAACAACGUAUUAAAUUACAAGGUGUUGAUCAUGCUGCCCUUGAAUUACUUGUUGAUUAUGUUUAUACGGCUGAGGUACAAGUUACUGAAGAAAAUGUACAAGUUUUAUUACCAGCUGCAAAUCUUCUUCAAUUGACUGAUGUACGUGAUGCUUGUUGUGAUUUUUUACAAGCACAAUUACAUCCAUCAAAUUGUUUGGGUAUACGUGCAUUUGCUGAUCUUCAUGGUUGUCUUGAAUUACUUGGUCAUGCUGACAGUUAUAUUGAACAACAUUUUUCUGAAGUUGUUGAGAGUGAAGAAUUUUUAACUCUAACACCUCAACAAGUUGCAAAAUUAAUAUGUAGUGAUCGUUUAACUGUACCAACUGAAGAAAAAGUUUUUGAAAGUGUUAUAUCAUGGGUACAUGCUGAUCUUGAUAAACGACAAAAUGUAUUAUCACAAUUAAUGGAACAUGUUAGAUUACCAUUAUUAUCACAAGAAUAUCUUGUACAACGUGUUGAAGAAGAACCAUUGUUAAAAGAAAAUUUACAAUGUAAAGAUUAUCUUAUUGAGGCAUUAAAAUAUCAUUUAUUAAAAGGUGAACAAAAAACAUUAUUUAAAACACCAAGAACAAAACCAAGACAACCACGUGGAUUACCAAAAGUUUUACUUGUUGUUGGUGGACAAGCACCAAAAGCCAUACGUAGUGUUGAAUGUUAUGAUUUUAAAGAAGAAAAAUGGUAUCAAGUAUCAGAAUUACCAACAAGACGUUGUCGUGCUGGUUUAUCAGUACUUGGUGGACGUAUUUAUGCUGUUGGUGGUUUUAAUGGAUCAUUACGAGUAAGAACAGUUGAUGUUUAUGAUGGUAAUGCUGAUCAAUGGUCAGGAUGUGCUGGAAUGGAAGCACGACGUUCAACACUUGGUGUUGCUGUACUUGGUAAUUGUAUAUAUGCUGUUGGUGGUUUUGAUGGUACAACUGGUUUAAAUUCAGCUGAAGUAUAUGAUCCACGUACUCAUGAAUGGCGUAUGAUAUCAUCAAUGUUUACACGUCGUUCAAGUGUUGGUGUUGGUGUUGUUAAAGGUCUAUUAUAUGCUGUUGGUGGUUAUGAUGGUUUAUCACGUCAAUGUUUAUCAAGUGUUGAAUGUUAUUGUCCUGAAAAAGAUCAAUGGAAACUUGUUGCUGAAAUGUCAGCACGUAGAAGUGGUGCUGGUGUUGGUGUACUUGAUGGUAUAUUAUAUGCUGUUGGUGGUCAUGAUGGACCAUUAGUACGUAAAAGUGUUGAAGCAUAUAAUCCAGAAACAAAUCAAUGGACAUCAAUUGCUGAUAUGACACUUUGUCGUAGAAAUGCUGGUGUUGUUACAUUUAAUUCAAUGAUAUAUGUUGUUGGUGGUGAUGAUGGUACAUCAAAUUUAUCAUCUGUUGAAUUUUAUUCACCACGUACAAAUACAUGGACAACAUUACCAAAUACAAUGAGUAUUGGACGUAGUUAUGCUGGUGUUGCUAUUAUUGAUAAACCACAAAUACCAACAACAACAAUGUGAGGCUUACAAACCACUGGGCAUAAUAAAGAACAACAAAAUAUUAUAUCAGAUAAUGAUAUAUCAAUUGAUAAUCAGCCCAGUGGUUUACAAGAACAACAACAACGUAUUGCCAAUCGUACACAUGAUUGUGAAGGUGCUAAUUGUAUUUGUCAACGUUAUGAAAAUGGUGAAAUUGCUGUUAUUGUACGUAAUCGUAAUUUAUUAAUAAAUAAUGAUAAUAAUUAUCAACAAAAUAUACGUCAACAUAAUAGAAUAUAUCAAAAUAAUAGACAAGCAAAUUUAAAUCCAAAUUAUCAAAAUCCAAUUGAUAUUGUUAGAAAUUUUAAUCGUACACGUCGUUUACAUGAACCAGAAGAAAAUAUUUAUGAAAGAUUAGAUAAUUUUGAUGAAGCUGAUCGUGAUGUUGUUGAUAGAAAUUUACAAAUUAAACAACAACAACAACAACAACAACAACAACAACAACAACAGCAUCAACCACAAAAUAAUGGUGAUCAUACUUAUGAAAGAGUUGAUAAUCGUCCAUGGAUACGUGGUAAUAAUAAUUCACGUAAUAAUCAUCCUAAUAAUUAUCAAUCAGCAACAUCAUCAGCAUCAGCAGCAUUAUUAACAUUUGAAAGAAAUCGUGAUAUUUACAUGACAAGUCAAGCAUGUCUUGGUCGUUUUAAUAAUUUAUCACGUAAUUGUUUUUCAACAGAUAAUGUUGCAUUAAAUCAACUUGGAAAUAAUUGUAUGUGUCAAUUUUGUACAAGAUUACCAUUUUUACGUUAUCAUAUAUGUCAACAGUGUAAUGGUUUUGGUAAUACAAAUAAUAUAUCUGGUAGACAUUAUAUUUAUCAAGUAGCACGUAAUUGUCGUUGUUCUUAUUGUCGUGGUGAAUAUUUUUAUGGUAGAUUACCAAUAAAUAGACUUGUUGAUACAUUACGUCAAUGUCAAUGUAGAAAUACAAAUAAUUGUCAUUGUCGUAGAUUAAUAACAUCAUCAAAUUCAGCAAUAUAUGUUGGUAGAAUUGAUAGAAUUGCAUUAUCACAAUCUGUUAAUAAUCCAUUGUAUGCUAAUCCAACAAUUUACGUUGGAAGAUUUGAAAGAAAUAAUAGUAAUCAAGAUGAUUCUGUAAAUGAACAAAAUCAAGAGCCAUCAAAUUCAUCAUCAUCAUCUGCUUCAUCAUCACCACCUUCAUCACAAGCUGGUAAUUCAUCAAUUGAACAGCCACAACCAAGUACAUCUGGUGAACAGAGAAUUUUAAAUCAAGCUGGAACAUCAAAUGUUGCUGUUUGUACAAUUAAUAAUACAACUGAAAGACAACAUGUUUGUGAUGAUUCAUGUAUUAGAAAUCAUCCAGGUAUUUGUAGAUUUAUUGAAAGAUCAGAAAGACCAGAAUGUCAAGCACGUGGUAUACCAUAUCAUUGGUGGUUUGUCAAUCGUUGGUUACCACUUUGGGGAUCACAAGAUAGAAAUACUGAAUCAUCAGUACAACAAAAAGUUGAAGAACCAAGAGAACCACAAGGAAGUGACAGUGAUGAUCUUUAAAUGGCUUUUAUUAAAAUGAGUAGACAAUUUUUUAAAAUUUUUUUUCUUGUGACAUUCCAAGAGAGAUCUGUUUUCUUCCUUAUUUUUUUAACAUCUUUUUUUUUUUUUUAAUUUUUCCUUGGUAAGUAAAAAAAAAAAAUUUAAAAAGGUAAAUACAAUUUUGCUCAUAUAAUUUUUUUCUACGUUAGUUGAAAAACUUUUUAAAAAAAUAUUUGCUUAAUCAUCGUGUUAAUUAGAAAAGACUGUUUUAACUAUAAUUAUUAUAGAAAAAAAUUUUUUAAAACUUAAUUUUAAAAUCAAAAAUUAAAUUUUGAUUAAUUAUAGUUAAUUUAAUGAUUCAAAUACAUCGAUUUUAUUAUGAUAUAAUUAGUUAUAAAUUUUUUAAAUAAUAAUUGGAAUUAUUAAUUAAAUAUAUCAUGAUAAUAAUUUACAUACACGUCCAACAUAGUCAUUAUUAGUUUUAUAAGUAAAUCAAAAAGUACUCCAGUUAAUAAUAGAAAUUAAAAACGAAAAAAAUUAAUCUAUAUAUUACUUUUAGUUUUUAUUAGCAGGAUAUAUUACUUCAAAUAAUAAUAAUCAAAAAAAAAAAGUAUGCAAUUUACUUUAAUUAAAAAUAAUUUUACUUAAAAUUUAGCUGAAAAAUUUAUUUGUAUUUAUUUUUAAUAAUAAUUACGGUCUAAAUACAAAAUCUCGUUUAUAAAAUUUUAGUUUUUAAAUUUCAUUCAUUAAAUAUUGAAUGAAUAAUUCCCAGAAAUAGGGUCGUACAAAAAAAUUCUUGACCUAGUUUAAUUUCUUGGAAAAAUAAUUUUUUCGUGACAGAAAUUUAAAUACCCUUUCUUAAUAUUAAAAAUUUUAGCUUUGUUAUCUAUUUAAGAAUUAUUUUAGCAAGUUGAUAUUUAAUCUAGUUUAUUAUACAAAAAAAAAUAAAAUAAAAUCAGAUACAUAUUUUGAUUAACUUUCCAUUAAUAAAAAAAAAAAAAAGUUACAUUUAUUUUUAAUUUUUUUUUUCUUAUUGUCCUUGGCAUUCCAUUAACAAACAUUGUGUUUUAGCAUUGGCUUAAAUAUAACCACCAUAUCAAUCAUUUUACUAUCUAAUCGUGAAAAAAAAAAUCAUAAAAAAACAAUCAGUAAUGAGAAUAGAAAUUCAUUCAAAAGAUAUCAUGUAAUAUUUUUAAUAUUUCAUUUUUUUUUCAUUAAAUAACGUAAUAUGAUUGAUGAGAGAUAUUCUUUUUUUAUGUUUAUUUUCUUUCAAUAUAAUAAUACCUUUUUCAUACGUAUAAAAAUAAAUGAAAAAAAUAUAUUAACGUGCAAAAUGUAGUGUAGAUGACCUUAAUGUAAGCCAUAAUGUCAAGACAAAUAUGGUUUUAUCGACAAUUUUAUAU